AUGAGUUUCCUGGGGUUUGGGUCCUCGGCUGAGAUAGCCAUAGAGCUGGCAGACGGCGACAAGAGGAAGAAGGUGGACGUCAAGAACGAGGAGGGGAAGAAGGAAAAGCUACCUCUCUACCUCGACGGAGAGUCUGUCUCUGGCAAGUGCCCAGACAACAUUCUGUACACUAGUGUCUCUGCAGUGUUUCAGUUUCAGUGGAUCCUUAUCCUAUUGGUUGAGUGCCCAGACAACAUUCUGUACACUAGUGUCUCUGCAGUGUUUCAGUUUCAGUGGAUCCUUAUCCUAUUGGUUGAGUGCCCAGACAACAUUCUGUACACUAGUGUCUCUGCAGUGUUUCAGUUUCAGUGGAUCCUUAUCCUAUUGGUUGAGUGCCCAGACAACAUUCUGUACACUAGUGUCUCUGCAGUGUUUCAGUUUCAGUGGAUCCUUAUCCUAUUGGUUGAG